GAUUACUGAUAUUAUUGUAAUUUAAUAAGCAUAAUAUUAAUACUGUCUUAUUUUUUAUUAACGCGUUAUAACACAUUAUUUACAAGAAUUUUUAAUAUGAAAAAAAGUGUUUUGCUCAAAUUCAUAAUAUUAAUCUUUAAAAACCUUUUUUUGGCACCACACUCAACAUAGUUGAUUUACAGUAUAGAGCACAAUUUGUACACAAGGCAACUCAAAAUGCUUUAUAAAAAAUUACAAGAAGGCAAAAAUAUAAAUGAAAUAAUCAAAAAUAUAACCAAAGUUCAAAUUUAAAUCAAAUUACAGUAUAUAGUCCUCAUGAAGACAAUUAUAAAAUAAGGUAACUUAAGUUUCGGUAUUAUGCUAAGAAAGAGGAUAUUAGGAGAAUAUUGUAAUAUUUCUGGAAUCAUUACAUAAACAGUAGAACGUCAUUUUUAAAAGGUCACACACAGUUUUGAACAAUAAAGAAAAACUAAUGGUAUUCUAAUGAGCAAAAAAAGGUCAUGUGAUUAUGUUGUCACUAGAAUCAGGCGUCGUUUCGCAGGAUGCUUUUUUAUAUUAUUUUAUACAAAUCAAGUAAUCUUUCUCGGUGUUGAUUAUUUUUAAAUGGCACAAGAAUAGUUACAGUUGCUUAAAGAGAAUACCGUAUUUCCUUGAAUUGCCACAGGGCAUAUAGUAUGCGCCUGCCUUGAAUUACUGCCUGGUCAAACUCGCUUCGCAAAAUAAUUAGCGCAUGCUUAGUAUUACCGCCUGGUCAAACUCGUCACGUCACGAGUGACACUUCCCCUGUCAUCAUUUUCAAAAUGGGGGAGGCUGAUUUCAAUACCGGUAAUAUGAAAUUGCAUAAAGGGAAGAAUAUUAAGAGCUAUUCAGUAGGAUUUAAGGUCCAAGCUUGGGUCAAACUAAAUUUUUUACUGCAUGCCUUUGGUAAGUGCCGGAGUGAGAAGAGGUUUUAAAAUAAUUAGCGCGUGCUUACUUUUACCACAUGCCUUUGGUAAGUGCGGGAGUGAAAAGAGGUUUUAAAUUGAUUAGCACCCUGGCGGCAAUUCAAGGAAAUACUGUACACGCUCUCAUUUAUUUAUGCAAACAAGGAACACAUAUUACAUUAAUAACCAUUUGGAGUCCGAGGAAGUUUUUUCCGGCAUUCAAACAGAUUUUAAUUUUAAGAUUUUAAUUGUAGUGGUUUCGAACAAAAAGUUAAAUAAAUUAUAAAAAAAAAUCUAAAACUUACAAUAAAAAAAUAGUUUUUUUUGUCAAAAUUAAAAUUAGAUUCUUUUUAACCCAAAAUUAAACCCAAUUUUUUGCACGAUAAACUAUUAAAAUGAUAAUACUACUUCUAAUAAUAAUUAUAACAAUAUUUAACCUUAGUGGAUUAAAAAAUAUAUUUUUUUUAAUUUUAGCAAAAAACAAUUUUUAAAAUUUUAUUUUAAUUUAGGACAUCUUUUGUGUUAAUAAAAAGGAAUGAGAAAUUAUUAAUUUGCUUAAAUUUGCAGUACAGUGUUUUAACUGUACUGUAGAAGAAGCUGUUACAGAACCUCCAGGUUCUGUAACAGCUUCUUCCCUCAGGCCGUAAGACUCUUGAACACAUCAUAAUUAAAUUACCCCUUCAACUUCCCCCAAAAUGGAUUAACUCGCUGGAAUAAAAAAGACAAUAUAACAUACAUCCAUAAACAUGGACGCAUGUGAAAAAGUGCAACGUAUUUAUCUGUACAGUAAUCUAUUUAUUUAUAUCUGCACCUUAUUGCUUUUUUUUUUUAUCUUGCACUACCAAGAGCUAAUGCAACAAAAUUUCGUUUCUUAUUUGUACUGUAAAGUUCAAAUUUGAAUGACAAUAAAGAGGAAGUCUAAGUCUAAUAGGAUAUUAUUGUUUUGUAUUUGCUUCUUAAGCUUUAAAAGGGUUGCAGAUGUGCUUUAACCAAUCUAAUAAAUCUCGGCGACAAAUAUACUGUAUACUGUACAUAUAUUUAUGUAUGUUCUAUUUGAGGAGGUGCGCUCCUCCAUCAAUAGUCAAAGAAGCUCCUAUGUGGGAUUAUAUAAUGUGUCAUGGAGCUUUUUCCCUUGGCUUCCUGCUGCUACUUCGGACCCGUCACAACCGCAUUGACACCCCCUCCAUCAUGUCGGAGUGUAUAUCACGCGACCCUAAUGUGUGUGCGCGUGUGUGUGUGUGAGGAGGAGGGGCUCCAGUUCACCUGAAGAAUAGCAUCUUUGUGAGCUUGAGCCUUAUAAAGAGCCGCUCGGACGCAUUUCGGCCCACCCAAAUAUCCCGUAAUAAUCAUGAAGCCCCGAGCGCUUCUCCUCCUGCUGGCGGCCGUCGUUUGCGUGUCAAACGCUCAGACGAACAACAGCGUCAACGACAACAACAAGCAGCGUAGCAUUUGGGACGAGCCCAUCCGCUUCAGCACCAAGUCCAAGGACUCGUGCACCAUGGUGGUGUCGGGGGCCGGGGACUACACCCGCCUGCGCGUGACCUGCAAAGGUCCCAGCCAGGGUCAGACGGCGGGGCGUUCCUACUACUGCGACUUCCAGGGGAAGCCCAACCUGUGCCGCGCCUACAGCCUCAACCCUCGCCACUACUUCACCCAGAUGAUGUGGGACCUCAGGAAACUCAGCCACGCCUGCCAGGGCGCCAAAAUCUACCGGCCGUCAAUGUGCAAGAAACACCCCGACGAGGUCCAGAUGAGCUUCCUGGCCGCCUGGCCCAAGACCGCCAGCCCAAAACCCUCCAAGCCCGUACAGGAGUCGCCGCGUAAACCGGCGGCACCCGCCCAGGCCAAGCCCGCCGCUACUCAGAAGCCGGUCAGGCCUCAGCCCGUCAAGCCCCAGCCGGGAAAGAUCCCCCAGACCAGGAAGACCACCCCCAAGCCUGCAAAGACCACCGCACGUCCCAGCGAGGUGCCUGAAUCUAAAGCUUCCCGCAUGGCCUCGGAGUACUGCUGGAAGAGCUUCCACGGCAUCUGCUCCUACGUCAUUGGCUGGUUCCACAACUAAACACAGGUGGCAAACAUCACUGAAGAACCCUUCACGUCCAUCCUGGACCUCAUAUGGACUUGAUACCGUUCAGACUUUUUUCCACAACAGUGUUUUGUACACAAAUUAAAAAUUUAAACCGUCAUUUAUCA